AGAUCAAUUGACCAAGUGCAGUAUUACAGAAUCGUCCAAGUUCUCGACGCUUCCGACGGCUUGAAGCCUGCCGUUCAAGGCACAAUCUAUCUUGAUAAUAAUCUACGUGCUCAUUCCCUAUUCGCCGCCCCCCGCCUUCUAGCGCACCCUCACCAUGCCAAAACGCACAUCAUACCCACCGUCGCACGUUGCGUACAUGGAGGAUGCCGAUGACGAUGGCCAUGUUCUUUCAGGAACUGAACCGAAGUAUGCUCGGUCCGUGGCCCCGGGAAGCCCCCGUAAACAGCAACCCAAUACAAGUAAGACCCGGAGAGAAUCACGACGCCCAGCCGAUGUUAGCAGCUCGACUGAUUCCUCAGAUUCCACCGCACUUCCAGUGACUGGUAAAAGUAAAUCCAAACCGAAAUCCAAGGACGAGAGAAGGUCGGGUCCUGUCGUUGUCUCGAAACAGCGGCCGCCCGCCCGCUCAGCGAAGACGGCGCCGAUGCCUGUACCUAGGGCGCUGGAGGAACCAUCGCCCUUUUACAGUGCUCCCCAUCCUGCAGGCACUUCGAGACCUCGAGCACGCACCCGUCCAGAAUCGUAUUAUGGCCAACCCAUCCCACGACCGCCACCACCAAGGCCACCAAUGGCUGGUUCCCCCUUCUUCCAACACCCACCACCCGGUAUGGUAGCUCCCUCCUUUCCUCCACCGUCGUGGCAGGCACCGUUUCCCGGCCCUGGCCCAAUGCCACCGCCCAUGGGUCCGCCACAUGCGCCCAUCGAUCAUCACUUCCCGCCCAGGGAUUUGGCAAUGCGCUUUAGGCGGCCUUCAUCAUCUAUGGGGUUCCGCCAAGCCUCGAAUCCUUACGAAUAUGAAGCUUCACCAGAGAGGUCUGUAGCACGACGUACCUCGGUCUCGAGAAAAGCUAGUAAAGAAGCCAAGGAGCAUGAAGACCGAAAACGUAUGCCUCCUCCGCCCCCCCCUAGACCUAAAUCUACACGCCCAGAACGAAUUGAGCGUUUUGAUCGUCCCGAACGAUUUGAUCGCCCUGAACGUUUUGACCGCCCUGGCCGUUUUGAACGAACAGAACCCCAGGCACGCCCAGAACGUAUAGUACUUAAACCACAACCAUCGUCGAACAUCAACAUCAACAGCAACAGAAAAUCUGUUGUCUUUGACGACGACGAUGAGGACGACCUAGAUGAUGAAAGCAUCAUGUACCAAAAUGUCCUUCGCCGCGGAUCCAGUGUAGAGUAUGGUUCUAGUCCCUUCAAGAACCGUCGCCAGAGUUUUGACGCCACCGAGUCGGUUUUCAACUAUGAUGAGGAUGAGGAUGAUGAUAUAGACGAAGAUGAGUACUUCUAUGAGGCUCCACCUCGAUCACGGAGUCGGCGAAGAUCUUCCCACGUGAAUAUCGAGGACAAAAUAAGGGAUGCAGCGCGGUAUCAAGAUAAUAUGGGCGGCGGGCCAACACCUGCCCUGACUGCCGAGGCCCUCCGAAAGGCGAGAAAUGGUGGGAGCAGCCGGUCCACUCGGAGUAGCGUCAGUCGAGAUGAGAGUGAAUAUAAACAGUCAGCGACGACCCACACAACUCGAUCCAGCAGCGGAGAAGACGACAUUACUAUCAAGGUUUCUGCCGGCUGUGUCGUCGAAGUUGGAAACGUCAAGAUUCACUCCACAGAUGGCGGUGAAGUCAGCGUUGGCCGCACUGGAAAUUCACGUACGGGCAGCGACCGCGGAACCUCGAUCUAUGGGGAUGAGCGGAGAAUCCGCUCAGAUCGAUCUCGGGGACGAGCCAGCUCCCAGUCCGCCUACACGCGUGGACUUCCGGCGCCCUCAUCCUAUACGCCUUCGCCACUCUACUCACAGUGUCAUUAUGAUGAUGAUGACUCGUCGUACUAGAGGCUUCGGCAGCACCAAUUGUCGCUCCUACCCAAGAGCGGAGGCCAGAUACCGGCUCAAUCUCGACUACUUGUUAGACGCCAAGAAACGCUCGAUUCUGCAGUUCUCCAUUUUGUUUACAAGCUCGAUGCAGCAAGAAAUG